CACAACUGGGUGGAACUUUUUGGCCGUUGGUAGCCUGGUAGCCAGUAUUCUUAACAGUCUCUGUGUAUCAGGCUCAAGCUCGCGUCGCCACUCACGAGCUGGGCUCAAGCAGCGCGUGCACUGCUACAACUCCUUGUGUUUCUGCUGGCCGUGACAGACAGUGUCUGUUCUGCUCCUGCGCUCGGAAGAGAUAACCAACAACAUCGAGAACUAUGUCUUUUUUCUCCAUUCGUAUGAGACUGGUCGUGAAUGUGAAGCAGAACUGAUAUAUUUAAUUCACCUAAUCGAAACUAACGACUUUGUAAUCGUGUAUUGACAGAGUGGAACAGCACACCGAGAGAUGUGAAGAAGACUCGGGUUAUAGCUGGAUGUCUCCCGAACAAGCUUUUCGCUGGACUAUAACUGUACGAGGUGGACUCCAGACUGCUUUGGAAUAACGGAACCGACGGAUGUCCGCGACCGGAGCUCGUUAAAAACGUGGAAACACGUUUUAGACGUUCUGGUAUUGUCCACAUUACACAGGCUUCGGAAAGAUCUCUUUGUCACCUCACGCGAAACAGUGGAUCAUUUUUACACAAGGUGUGUGUGUGAAUCCGGGUGCCGUGGAACGGAGAGAGCAAGACUCCACAGAACAUGAGGAAGAGCAGGAGCGUGCUGACGGUGUCUCCAAACGAUGACAGUAAGGAUCCUCUUGACUGUGGUCUGGGUGAGUCCUUCACCUCCCCCUCCUGCACGCUGGGCGUCGACCUGCGUCGUGGCCGCAGGCGUUUCUCCGGCAACCUGCAGCUUCCCCCGUUGUCGUGGCGACAGUCGGAGAGGUCGCGGACCCCCGACGACGACGUGAUGACCCGGCCUACGACCCUGCCCCUCCUGGCUCCGCCCCGCAUCGACAUCACAGACCCCGAGCGGCCCCUGAGGGCCCACAACAUUGUCCACCUGCCCGGCCUUGAAUGA